AUGGCAACGGGCACCGUGUACUCCACCCCAGCCCGCCCUUUGCCCAGGAACACCCUAUCCAGAGGGGCAUUCAAGUUCAAGAAAUCCCCCAAGCACUGCUCUUGGAAGUGUACGGCCCUGAUUGCUGUGGGCGUGGCCGUGCUGCUGUCAAUCAUCCUCUGCUACUGCAUAGCCAUGCACCUUUUCGGCCUCAAUUGGCAGCUUCGGGAGUUGGACAACCAGCCGGCGUUUGAGAACGGAGGAGCGGGGAAGACGGGAGGGCCCACUCAGACGAGCAUUGUGACGGCUCUGGCUGUGGAUAAUGGACGGAGCGGUAUGAUGCACCAGGAAAACAACUCCAUCGACACGGGGCAGGUGGAGGUGGGAAAAAGGGCGGGUCAGAGCCUUCCCCCUGGCGUGUUCUGGCGCUCACAGCUCAACAUAGAACAACCGCGUUUCAUAAAGUUCAACAUCUCUGUGCAGAAGAACGCCCUGAUCGGAGUGUACGGACGGAAGGGCCUGGCACCAUCCCACACACAGUAUGACUUUGUGGAACUCCUGGACGGCAGCCGACUCAUCGCUAAAGAACAUCGUUCUGCCAGCGAGCCGGAUACAAGAGCACGACUGGAGCACCCAGUCAGCGUGCACCAGGCAGGCUUCAUUCAGUAUAUGGACUCAGGGGUGUGGCAUCUGGCCUUUUAUAAUGACGGCAAGAGCGCAGAGGCUGUGUCCUACAACACCAUCAUCCAGGAAUCUGUCACUGAGUGCACUCACAACUGUUACGGGAAUGGAGAGUGCGUCGCCGGCUCGUGUCACUGCUUCCCAGGAUUCAUAGGGCCGUACUGUUCCAGAGCUGCCUGUCCGAUCCUGUGCAGUGGUAACGGCCAGUACACCAGGGGGCGCUGUCAGUGCUACAGUGGCUGGAAGGGCACAGAGUGUGACGUGCCUGUGUCCCAGUGCGUGGACCCUCUGUGUGGGGGCCACGGACUGUGUGUGUCCGGCAAUUGUGUGUGCAACACCGGCCACAAGGGGGCCAACUGUGACCAAGUGGACUGUGUGGACCCCACCUGCUCCGGGCACGGGGCCUGUCAUCACGGGGAGUGCCACUGUAACCCGGGCUGGGGUGGAGUCAACUGUGAGAUCCUGAAGAGCACGUGUCCUGAGCAGUGCUCCAGCCACGGCACCUUCAGCACAGAGAGUGGCACAUGUGUGUGUGAGGCCAACUGGACCGGGGCUGACUGCUCUAUAGAGGUGUGCGUGGUGGACUGUGGCCCCCAUGGCUCGUGCAUAGGUGGAGUGUGCCAAUGUGAGGAGGGCUGGGCAGGGCCUGAGUGCGAGCAGAGGGACUGUCACCCACGCUGCAUCGACCACGGGGUGUGCCGCGAGGGCAAGUGUGACUGCCACCAGGGCUGGACCGGCGAGCACUGUACCAUCGACGGCUGCCCGGGGCUGUGCAACAACAACGGGAGGUGCGUCCUGGAUCAGAAUGUGUGGCACUGCAUCUGUCAGUCCGGGUGGAGAGGCCUGGGCUGCGACGUGGCUACUGAGACACUCUGCUCUGACGGCAAGGAUAACGAGGGAGAUGGACUGGUAGACUGCAUGGACCCGGACUGCUGCUCUCAGAUGGCCUGUCAGGGUCAGAGCUACUGCCGUGGCUCCCCUGACCCCGCCGUCAUGGCCGCCCAGCUCCAGAGCUCCGCCUCCCUGCCCGCCUCCAAGGGCUUCUUCGAGCGCGCCAGCUUCCUGAUUGGUCCCGGCGGCAGUCACGUCAUCACCUCGGAUAACCCCUUCAAUAGCAGCUUGGCGUCCGUCAUCAGGGGUCAAGUGCUCACAGGAGAUGGGACGCCGCUGAUCGGAGUCAACGUGUCCUUCCCACACUACCCCGAGUACGGCUACACCAUCACCCGGCAGGACGGCAUGUUUGACCUUGUGGCCAAUGGCGGCGCUUCCCUGACCCUGAGUUAUGAGCGCGCUCCGUUCCCCAGCGUGCAGCGGACAGUGUGGCUGCCCUGGAGUGUCUUUCAUGUGAUGGAUACUGUGGUAAUGAAGAGAGAGGCCAAUGACAUCCCCAGUUGUUACCUCACAGGUCUGCUCCGUCCAAACCCACUCAUCCUAGCGACGCCCCUGUCCACGCUGUACAAGACAUCAGAGGAGGACAGCCCUAUCAUCCCAGAGACACAGGUCCUCCAUGAGCAAGUGGCCAUUCCGGGCAGUGACCUGAACCUGGUGUACCUGAGCUCCAGAGCAGCUGGCUACAAGCCCAUCCUGAAGGUGCUGCUGACCCAAGAGCGGCUGCCCUUCGGCCUGAUGAAGGUCCACCUGAUGGUGGCCGUCAUGGGCCGACAGUUCCAGAAGUCCUUCCCAGCCUUCCCUGACCUUUCCUACACUUUCAUCUGGGACAAGACUGAUGCUUACGGCCAGAAGGUGUACGGGCUGGCCCAGGCUGUAGUGUCGGUGGGCUACGAGUACGAGUCGUGCUUGGAUGUGGUUUUGUGGGAGAAGAGGACGGCUGUGCUGCAGGGAUACGAGCUGGACGCAGCCAACAUGGGAGGCUGGAUGUUAGACAAGCAUCAUAUUCUGGAUAUUCAGAACGGUAUUCUGUACAAAGGCAGUGGGGAGAACCAGUUCAUCUCUCUACAGCCGCCGGUCAUCUCAACGGUGAUGGGGAAUGGGCGUCGCCGGAGCAUCUCAUGCCCCAGCUGUAACGGCCAGGCUCUGGGCAACAAGCUGCUGGCCCCUGUGGCUCUGGCCUGGGGCAUUGACGGCAGCCUCUAUGUGGGAGACUUCAACUACAUCCGGCGCAUAUACCCGUCCGGCAACGUGACCAGCAUCAUGGAGCUCAGUAACAACCCGGCCCACCGGUACUACCUGGCCACUGACCCGGUGAGCGGCCAGCUGUACGUGUCCGACACCAACUCCCGCCGGAUCUACAAGCCCAAGACCCUGAGCAUCACCAAGGACAUCCAGUCGAACGCUGAGGUUGUGGCCGGCACCGGAGAGCACUGCCUGCCCUUCGACGAGAACCACUGCGGGGACGGCGGCAAGGCUCCGGAGGCCCCCCUCACCGGCCCCAAAGGCAUCGCAGUGGAUAAGAAUGGCCUCAUCUACUUUGUGGAUGGCACCACCAUCCGAAAGGUGGACCAGAACGGGAUCAUCUCCACCUUCCUGGGUUCAAACGACCUGACCUCCGCGCGACCUCUCACCUGCGACAACAGCAUGGACAUCAGUCAGGUGAUCUUGGAGUGGCCCACAGAUUUAGCAGUGAGUCCGAUGGACAAUUCCCUGUACGUUCUGGACAACAAUAUCGUCCUGCGCAUCACUGAAACCGGACAGGUCAGCAUCGCCGCGGGCCGCCCCACCCACUGCCCGCUUGCCACCUUCGAGAGGGGUGUGGCCGGGGGUCAAAGGGCAUUGCUCACUCCUCUGGAAUCUGCUGUUUCUAUUGCCAUCUCGUAUCACGGCGCCAUCUACAUCUCAGAGACAGACGAGCGAAAAAUGAGCCGUAUCCGGAUGGUGUCUGUGGAUGGGGAGAUCACUCAUUUGGCAGGGGCUCCCUCUGAGUGUGACUGUAAGAACGAUGCCAACUGUGACUGCUACCAGACAGGUGAUGGCUAUGCUAAAGAUGCCCGGCUAAAUGGUCCAUCCUCGCUGGUGGCCGCUCCGGACGGGACGCUCUACGUGGCAGACCUGGGCAACAUCAGGAUCAGAGCCAUCUCCAGGAACGGGCCAACUUUCAGCGGCGGCACGUAUGAGGUGGCCUCCCCAGACGCCCAGGAGCUCUAUGUGUUUGACACCAAUGGCACGCACCAGCACACAGCCAACCUGCUCACGGGAGAUCUCAAGUACACCUUUGGCUACAGCACAGAGAACGACAUCACUGCGGUAACAGACAGCAGCGGGAACACCCUGAGGAUCCGCCGCGACGCCAACAGAAUGCCCGUGCGGAUCGUUGCCCCUGACAACCAGGUCAUCUGGCUGUCCAUGGGAACCAACGGAGGGCUGAAGACUCUGACAGCGCAGGGGCAGGAGCUGGUGCUGCUCACCUAUCAUGGCAACAACGGACUGCUGGCCACCAAGACCUCCGAGAUUGGCUGGACCACUUUCUUUGAUUACGACAGCGAGGGCCGGCUCAUGAAUGUGACGUUCCCCACGGGCAUGGUGAAUAACCUGUACGCAGACCUGCACAGCGCCCUGACCGUGGAUGUGGAGAGCUCCAUGUCUGAUGAAGAGAUCAGCCUCACCACCAACGCCUCCACCAUCAGGGCCUUCUACACUCUGGCUCAGGAUCAGUGUAGGAGCAGCUACCAAGUUGGCUUUGACAACUCACUGCGGAUUACCUACGCCAACGGGAUGGAUACCCACUACCAAACAGAGCCGCACAUCCUAGCCGGUGCUGCCAACCCAACAGUGGCCAGGCGCAAUAUGAGCCUGCCAGGGGAGAGCGGGCAGAACCUGGUGGAGUGGCGCUUCCGCAAAGAACAAGCCCGCGGGAAAGUUAUUGUGUUUGGACGCAAGCUGAGGGUGAACGGGCGCAACAUCUUGUCAGUAGACUACGACCGCACCCUGAGGACGGAGAAGAUUUACGACGACCACCGCAAGUUCCUCCUGAAGAUUAUCUACGACACGGCGGGGCACCCGGUGCUCUGGGUGCCCAGCAGUAAGCUCCUGGCGGUGAACGUGAGCCGCACUAGCACAGGGCAGAUCAGCGCUCUGCAGAGGGGCCCUACCACUGAGAGGCUGGAGUACGACACACUGGGUCGCCUGGUGUCACGAGUGUUCGCCGACGGAAAGAUCUGGAGUUACACCUACCUUGAGCAGUCCAUGGUUCUGCUGCUCCACAGUCAACGCCAGUACAUAUUUGACUUUGAUUCCUUGGACCGCCUCUCUGCUGUGACUAUGCCCAGUGUCGCGCGCUAUACCAUGCAGACCAUCCGCUCAGUGGGCUACUACCGGAACCUCUACCACCCUCCAGAGAGCAACGCGUCGGUGGCAGUGGACUACACCGAAGAUGGGCUCCUCCUCAGAGUGGCUCAUUUUGGCACCGGCCGCAGGGUGCUGUACAACUAUCGCCGGCAGAACAAACUGUCGGAGGUCUUGUAUGACAGUACCAGAGUUAGCUUCACUUAUGAUGAAACAGCGGGCGUGCUCAAAACUGUAAACCUCCAGAACGAAGGGUUCAUCUGCUCCAUACGAUAUAGACAAAUAGGGCCUCUUAUAGACCGACAGAUUUUCAGGUUUAGUGAGGAUGGAAUGGUCAACGCGCGCUUCGACUACACCUAUGACAGCAACUUGCGCGUGACCAGCGUGCAAGGGGUCAUCAAUGAAACACCAUUACCCAUUGACCUCUAUCAGUUUGAUGAUAUCUCAGGAAAGAUUGAGCAGUUUGGCAAGUUUGGAGUCAUAUAUUACGACAUAAAUCAGAUCAUCUCCACAGCCGUCAUGACUUACACCAAGCACUUUGACGCACAUGGAAGAAUCAAAGAAAUCCAGUACGAAAUCUUCCGCUCGUUAAUGUACUGGAUAACUUUUCAAUAUGACGAUGUAGGGAGACUCACCAAACGGGAACUCAAGAUUGGACCUUUUGCCAACACCACUAAAUACAGCUACGAGUAUGACGUAGAUGGGCAGCUUAUGACCGUAUACCUGAAUGAAAAAGUCAUGUGGCGUUACACCUACGACCUUAACGGAAACCUGCACCUGCUCAACACCGGGACAAGCGCUCGCCUCCUCCCUCUGAGAUACGACUUACGUGACCGCAUCACUCGUCUGGGAGACGUCCAGUACAGAAUGGACGAAGACGGUUACCUGCGACAGAGAGGAGCCGAAAUUUUUGAGUACAACUCCAAAGGACUGCUGGUAAGGGUGUAUAGCAAGAGCACGGGAUGGACCAUUCAGUAUCGCUACGACGGACUGGGGCGCAGAGUUUCCACCAAAUCCAGUUUAGGUCAACAUCUGCAGUACUUUUACGCUGAUCUGAGCUACCCGGCACGUAUCACGCACGUCUACAACCACUCCAGCUCUGAGAUCACGUCCUUCUACUACGACCUCCAAGGACAUCUUUUUGCCAUGGAGAUCAGCAGCGGGGAGGAGUUUUACAUCGCCUGUGACAACACGGGAACGCCGCUGGCUGUGUUCACUAGUAACGGCCUGCUGGUCAAACAGCUCCAGUACACAGCGUACGGAGAGAUCUACUUUGACUCCAAUCCAGACUUCCAGCUGGUGUUGGGCUUUCAUGGAGGACUCUAUGAUCCGCUGACCAAGCUGCUGCACUUCGGAGAGAGGGAUUAUGAUAUCAUGUCUGGCAGGUGGACCGCCCCAGACAUCUCCACAUGGAAGAGAGUUGGCAAAGAGCCCGCUCCUUUUAACUUGUACAUGUUCAGAAAUAACAACCCCAUCAGCAAAGUCCAUGAAGUCAGAGAAUAUGUGGCAGAUAUCAACAGCUGGCUUGUCACUUUUGGCUUUCAUCUUCACAACACUAUUCCCGGGUUCCCAGUGCCAAAGUUUGAUAUAGGCACAGCAUCUUAUGAACUGAUCAAGAGCCAGCUUUGGGAUGACCUGCCGUCCAUCUCUGGGGUCCAGCAGGAAGUAACCAGACAAGCACACUCGCUCUUGUCUUUUGAGCGGCUGCCAGAGGUCCAUCUGAGUCGAGGGCGCAGAGGUGAGAAGUCCUGGCUGUGGUUUUCCGCCGCACUGUCUCCCAUCGGAAGAGCCGUGAUGUUUGCCAUCUACAAAGGCAGCGUCCACACUCACUCACUCAACGUAGCCAGUGAGGACUGUGUGAAGGUGGCCACCAUCCUCAACAAUGCCUUUUAUCUGGAGCACCUGCAUUUCACUAUAGAGGGCAGGGACACGCACUACUUUGUGAAGCCAGGUCUUCCAGACUCAGACCUGGCGGCGCUGCACCUCACCAGCGGACACAAGACGCUGGACAAUGGCAUCAAUGUGACAGUGUCCCAGUCCACCACAGUCAUGGACAGUCGGACGCGUCGCUUCGCAGACGUGGAGAUCCGAGCGGGUGCCUUGGCUCUGCACAUUCGCUACGGCUCCACGGUGGAUGAGGAGAAGGCACGGGUGGUGGAGUUGGCCCGGCAGCGCGCUCUGGCAGGGGCCUGGGCCAGAGAACAACAGAGAGUCAGAGACGGGGAGGAGGGUGUGAGGCCCUGGACAGAGGGAGAGAAGAGGCAGCUUCUGAGCGGAGGAAAGGUGCUAGGCUAUGACGGCUAUUAUGUGCUCUCUAUUGAGCAGUAUCCAGAACUGGCAGACUGCGCCAAUAACAUCCAUUUUCUUCGCCAAAGUGAAAUUGGCAAAAGGUAACAAUACGAGGUGUACUUUCUGCCAAAGAGACUCCGUUUGGUAGAAUUCUAACAGCAGUCAGAAUCAGCAACAGUCAUGUUGCUCCCUAUUCCCCAAUGAUAAUGUGUUUUGUAAAAAAAAAAAUGAAAAAAAAGUAUAAAGGGGUCAUAGCAAUGCUGUGCAUUGUGCCCUGGGUCCUACAGAGUCGCUCUCCAGCAGGCCUUCUCUCGGCAGUACAGGUCAGGUCCUCUGUAGCACAAGCCUUUGGACUCUGGACUUUACACAGAGGAAUUCUACAAGGUACUUUGGGUGUUUUCUGUUUUGUCCAUUCUCUGUUUUCACUGAAAAAAGUUUGGCUCAACAUAAAUAGAACAAGAGCAAAUGUUUACAUACUGCAUACGUGCACUUCUGAAGGUGAUGGCGCACAGGGAGCAGAGGUGGAGACCUCAGUAUCAGACUAGCACUGUAAACAUACUCAUCGUCUUAUCCUAUGCUUUCUGACUCUCUCCUUCUCAGUAUUCAUUGUGUGAGCGGACAGUGAGAAUUCUGAACUCUGUUGGGGCACACAUGUGUCUUGAAGCACAGGGACACCAUAUUUUGUAAAUUAUGCAAGAGUUUUAUGGUGUUUUUAAUUCAUUUGUUUGAUUUUUAUGAACUAAAUCUGUCUGUAUUAGUCAUACUGUAUCAACGGUUAUUUAUGUUGUGUUUCUACAACAAUAAAGUGUGAAUGGUUUAGAUUUUUUCAGACUAGUUGAGUUUCAGCUAAAUGGUUCACAAUGCUCUGUCAAAGUGAGAGUUCAGAUCUGUGCAUGUAGUGACAAGUAUUUACAUGUGGUGAUGUAUCUAUAACAUGCAGUCAACUAUUAUUUCCACUCAAUUGACUGUUUAUUGGGCAUCAUGCCUUUUGACCUGGCUCCCUGUCCAAUGAAUCUUUCAUUCACACCAAUAUUUCAUGAGCCCAUCUCACAUAAACAAGCUUACAGUGGGUCUAAAAAUAGCUCACCUCCAUGUUCUUGGUAGGUAUCUUUUCUUUUGAAUGUUCAAUGCACUCAUGGAUUAAAACUAU